AUGGCCGAGUCAGAUAUUGAGGUGGCCACCGAUGUGGUGCUUUCCCAUCCGAAAACAGGCGCUGGCUUGCAUGCUAAAGCUCAACCUGCGCAAAGCCAAGAAACAAGUACCUUUCAAGUCGUGUCUGGUGUCCAUCUAUUUAUCGUUGGUUAUCUGAUCCGCCGAACAGGGCGUUUCAAGUGGACAUUUUACUUUUCCAUUCCGAUUUACAUCUUUGGUUUAGGGUUGAUCAUUUACUUCCGUCGUCCUAAUCAGAAUAUCGGCUAUCUUGUCAUGUGUGAGAUCUUUAUUGCUAUUGAUGGAAGUGUUUUCACAAUUUUAACUCAACUGGCCGUGCUCGUGGCUGUCGAUCAACAGCAUGUCGCUGCUGUAAUUGCUUUGCUAUACGUCAUUGGCUCUGUGGGGGACGCUAUUGGCGGUGCUGUAUGUGGUGCUAUCUGGACGAACACAUUUACCAAAGCCCUGGAACGUUACCAACCGGCAUCUGCUCUGCCAAAUUUGGCGAGAAUUUAUGAAGUCUUAUUGUGCAGCUUUCUUACCCCGUUGGAAGCCGCGAGCGACUUGCAAUCCAGGAAGCUUUGGUAUGCGCAGACGAGAAUGUUGGCUGCUGGAGUUGGAGUUUUUGAGUUAGCCUUCAUCUAG